CACGUCCGCCAUCCUUCUCACCUCAGAAUAUGCAAUGGUGUGUUCCGUAACAUCAUCAACGUUGACCGUAAACAUCUCUCCAUUAAGAAUAGAGUAUUAUCACGUAUGUAUUGAUCGCAGUACAUCCAGGCAUACAGACGCGACUAGUUUACAGAGAUACGAGGAUAUCGCCAUAGUGCCUGCUGUAAGUCGUGGAUACUGUAAAUCUCCACAGCUCUUGUCAUAUUCCAUCAACAAGGGGCAAAGACAGGGUAAGAUGGUGAGGAACACAAUAGCCCUGUUCAUAUCAGCUGUUGCAUGGGUGCAGAGCGACAGUCUGAUGGGCAAACACUACUACAUGUAUCAGGACUUUAGGACAUGGAACGAAGCACGGACAAUAUGCGAGGACAUUGGAGGACGCCUGGCCCAGAUAGACAAUCAGCAAACACUGGAUGGUCUUCUUGCCUAUGCUAAGACUAAUCAAUGGAAGGACGUCGUGCUUGGACAUUUCUGGAUUGGACUGAACCGAGUGGAUCAAGAACAAGGUUACCGCUGGGAUCACUGUGAGGGUUUGGAUCAUCCGUCCUUUACAUUCUGGGACGCCUCCAAUUCCCAGGACGCCACCAAACAUUGUGUGUAUGCAGAAAGGGACACCUUGAGGUGGUUCAACGAAGUCUGUGACAGUAGCAGCUACCAGUAUCUGUGCCAGAAGGAGGGAGGUCCUUGUACAUACACAGAGUUCAGUGGGGCGUGUUUGGGGUCCGGCCAUGACGAGACUUCUGUCGUUGCUGAUGUUGAUGUCGCUCAAUGUGAAGACUUGUGUAGUAGCACACUAGAAGAUGAGCUAGCAUGUUGGAUGUACAGCUACGAAAGUCCCAACUGUACGCUGUAUUUCGACGACAACCCGUGGGCAUGUUCAAAACCGCCAACAAACACUACAGCCAAGACACGGGCCUGCUUCACAUUUCAAUCAUUGACCUCGUCCUCAAGCGUCAGCGACUCCAACUCUAAACCAAAUAUCAACUGCGACUUAUACACAACCCAAGCUUCAGAUACUUCAACAUCAAGGACAACCUCACCUCCUACCACAGCAACUAGCCCCACUACCCCGGACACUGCGAGCGUCACCAUGGCAACUGAUGCCACCGCCAAGGACAUUGCAAGCAUCACCAUGGCAACUGACGCCUCCACUAAGGACACUGCAAGUAUCACCAAGGCAAUUGAUCCCACUAUUCCGGACUCUGAAAGCGGCUCCAUGGCAACGGAUGCCACUACCCUGGACACUGCAAGUACCACCAUGGCAACUCUUAACACUACCCUAGACUCUGCAAGCGUUACUAUGGCAGCUGAUGCUACACCCCAAGACACGUUAAAUAUCACCGUGGCAACUACACCAGCAAGCACGCCUACCACUGUUAUUACCACACAAGCGUCGUUGUCCACAGCAACGCUCAUCGCACCCUCCACUACACAAAAUGUAACAACUUCAUCCACGUCAUCUUCACAAACGACCAUUCGUUCAACAACUGCCACUACGACUUUCGGUGGAAAUUCCUCUGGAAACAGCGACACUUGUCCCUGUUUGGUCUGCGUUGUGGCAAAAAAUACGACAGAGAUACAGAAUAUUGUGGACGCAAUUUUACGGCUCCUGAAAAUGGACAAGUCGAAGCUGUCAGCCACCAGGAGGAAACUGAAUUCAGAACCUGACGACAGACCCUCAGCACAGGCCUUUGGCUACUCGGGAAUACUCUUCAUCGUCAUCACAGUCAGUUUCUUUGUCCUUGUUGAUCUGAUACGACUCUGUCAGUAUAUCGCUGACACAAAGGUGGGCAAGACUGAUGAAGGACAGCGAUGAGUGGAGAGUUAAACCGCAAGCUCAACACUUUGUAGAUUGAGAGUCGAUGAUGAGGUAACUGACUAGAUGACGUGCCUCCUGAAUUUUUUUGCGUCUGCCCUGCAGGGACGGAUCGAAC